AUGGUGGCUCAGCCAAAAGCUGAGCCAAAUCGUCACCGUCACAGCCACAACCCCAACCAUCCUCCCUCUCCCACUAUCUGUUUCGUGCGUGACGAAUGGGGUCCUUUGAAUCCGCGGACGGCGCUUGACUCAGCGAUUUUUCGCUUACUCAGUGACUCAAAUUGCGCAAUAGAUAAGAAAUCAUGCUCGCUUCGAGUUCGCAGCCUGUCACGCUGA